AUGUCUUUACCUCGCCGCUCAUUACCCGUUGGAUUCGACUCCUCCUAUAGGGAUCUGUCAAGUUCAGAACAAGAUUCUGCAUUGGAUAUAGCUCACGAAGAGUCUGGAGAUGUGAGCACUGCUGCUCUAGAUCAUGGCGAGCCUUUGUUUCCGGAGAAGAGCCAGACAAAGGGCGCGGACAUCUCAUUGCCCAUGGCGCUAGGUGCAAGUAUGGCGGCCGAGUUAGCCUACGCUGAGCGUGUGGAGAAGGUUCAGUCACAUCUGGUUGCUACUCGUGAAAUAGCCAGAAAAGUCGAAGGGAAGAUGGGAACUGCUGAGGUACUUCUUAAUAGACAGUGCAAAACGAAAACGCCGAUAUCGACGCGAUUUUGGACUCAAUCGUUCUUCAAGACAAAUCGCUUGGUGACUUUUGAAUGCGAAAACGCCUCGGCUAAUAUGCAGCCAAGUUACAGAACCGCUGCUGAUGCCGCAAUCACGAAGCCAGCCCCCUCACAAUUCCAGUCCAAUUCGACAGAUGGCAAAAACUUGGUUUUGACUGAACAAGAGGAGGAAGAGCGAAUGGCUCAUAUAGACUCUUACAUCCGGAUGCGCAAACAUCUCCAUAGCCUUCAAUUGGUAGUUCUCCGAUUGAGAAAGAGAAAAAGCAAUGCCGUCCCAUCACACAAGAAAAGCACGAUGAGACCAGAACGUGAAGCAGUGCGCAGUAAUACGGGCGAGUUAAAUGACAGCGUGGGUGGUGGUGGUGUUGACGACCUGAGCGCACGUACAAUGCGCCGCAACUUAGAAGCCCGUAGAGAGCAGGCUGAGAUGUUGAACAGAAGUUUCGAAGAGAGGUCGAGAGACAUCGAACAGAAAACGAAGAAGUCGAUAGCAGUGCAAAUUCAUAAGUAUGACCGAGUAAUCGCAGAACGUACGAAUCUCAUAAAUCACCUUGAAAAGAUAUCCACUGAAGAACGUUACGAAGUUCCCCUUCCACCUCCAAGAACCCCAACGCCUCGUCGUGACGGCAUUGCUCCCUUAGACCUGAGUCAAUUAUCUCAAGAAGAUUCCGCCAAUGAAGUGGUAGCUUUUGAUCAGAGGGUUGUGAUUCAUUCAACUGCCGACAAUGAGCAGUCUUUUCCUGCAGAGGACCAAGCAGAUGUCGGAAUCGCUCGAACUCGAUCGCAGUCAACGGUUUAUGAAGAUUCGUUAUCACACAUUUUAGUGACGAACACGGAAGUGGGCAAUUACUUCUUUCCAUUGAUAUUCUCCAUUUCUUCUGUGACUAAAAGCUUUCCUCAGGCAAAGCUCUCGCUUUCCAAAAGUUUCUGGCAUUUCAAAAAUAACCCCUAUGAAUGUGUUAUAUUUGUCUUUGAAGAUGACCAUCGUCUUCACUCUCGUCGUACACUGGACACUGCAGAAACCCUAGCGAUGCUUUCUCGCAGUGUUGUUGCAGUGGCGACAACAUCUGAGCAUGAUGGCACGGAUCAGAAAAUACAGGGUAUCAUUAAUGAAGCUGUGCGUGAGAGUGCUAUGCCGCAGGUGGAAGCUGAUGUGGAUGUACGCCUUGAGAAAGUGGAAAUAUCCGAAGGAAUUGUCAGUGCGCUGAGACUGCCUAACGAUAGCAAUUUCACUAUAGAAGCAAGUGUUAAUAUCGAGUCAAUGGGUGCAGCUGGAGAAGGUGUAGAUUCGAAGAGGGACGAGCAUGAACUCAUUGAGGAAUAUCCUCCCGGUAAAGAUAGGGCUUUUGCUAGUGGUGACAUUGAGGCUGGAUCUCCAUCUCACGCUCAUCCGGAUGCAGAGGUCGUGGGAGUUGAGAGUUCUCAGGUAAACGAAGAGAAUAUCGUUUCACAGCCUCUUAAACCCGAGAAAGUCUCAGUGGUUGUUCGUCCACCAAAAGACUUCUCUCGUCUUCGACUUUUCUUUGGUAGUCCCGAUGAACCAACUGAAGAUAGUGUCGAUUGUCAACCAACCGACGAUGAUGACAUGCCAAAUGAUCAGUUCGUAUCGAAAGCGGAACCGACCAGUGAUAUGAUGGCGGAGGACACAGAUGACUCGGAUCGAGCCCCAGAAACCUCUUCGGUCAACGACGAUGAGGAUGUGCCGGUUAUAACAUUGCGUCGUUUCGUUUACAAAGAGCCAGUCAUUGGAGAAAAAUAUCAAGAAGACACUGAGCUGGAGAAAACUCAGUGGGAAGUGACACCUCCAGGCUCUCCAGUCAAAAAAGCGGAAGAAGUAUCGUCGGCUCACGAGAGCACCCUUAACGACGCAUUCAUCUUAGACCUAUCUGCUACACAGAAUUCGGAGGGAACCGUGAACGAUUUGGAUGAAGUCGAAGAAAAGAAUGAGUGGUUAACGGACGAUGAACAGCCACCGAUGAUCGCGGAUGUUGCCGAGAAAUAUUCAUCGGUCGAGGAUGACAAAUGCUAUGGCGGAGAAAAGGAAAAUAUAACUCCAACAAGAAGCCCUGCUUCUUCGCUCAGUGUUUCGAAGGAAGAGAAAGCAGAGAGCAAUGAAAACGAUAGAUCCGAUGGUCUAGUCUCUGAAAGAAUGCAAAGACGACAAGGAAAAGGAACGCUGAAAUUUGGCCCUGAGAGUCUGAAAAGCGGUUCUGAAAAAGAAGGGUAUGGCAAGGACGUGAAUGAGGUUUCUCCGCUGGAGCGCACUAAUGAUGGUCGGCCGAGCAUGGGUUUGAAUCGUAGUGAGCUAUGCGACAGUUUGUCAACGUCCAUAAUACAACUGAUGACGGACUCAGCAUCACCACGACGUCGUUCAUUAUCGCAGAUAGCGCGCCGCUAUGAGUUGAGCGAAUCCCUGUUAGAGGAUUCUAUCAGUUCCUCGUCGAAGUCGCCACGUGCUCCCAAAGAACGAUUUACAACUAAAAUGCCUGCUUCAAUUUCACCUCGAGCGAAAGCACUACUGGAGGAAGGUCUAGACUAUUCACUGGCGGAAACGAUCGUGAAAUCUGAAGCGGCGAAAGCAAUCACGGAUGAGAAAAUACGUGAAAUUGAUGAAAUGAUGGCAUCACUUCAUCUCAAGCCUCUUCCAGUCGAGACGAAUGACAGUACUCCAUUGGCAAGGCUCAAUACAUCUCUGGACGAAACAUACGAAGAUUUGUUGUCAAUAGAAAAACCGUCCUCUGUAUUCGAUAAGAUCCCUUCGACUUCUUCGCCACCAGUGGAUCUACCUUUGAAACACCGUUAG